GUUACCACAAUAUAUAUUCACACACACACGGGGAGAAGCGAAGCUAUGGCUUCUUCGCUUUCCAUCUUCUUGUUCAUCAACAUCAUCAUAGUAUUUUCUAUCUUCCCUGCACUCCCACAUGGGGUGAAAUUGCCGUUUCGCCCAAAGGAUGUUCUGCCUUUGUUACCAAGACAUGUGUCAUGGCCAAUCCUCAACUCGCUCCACAGCGCAGUGGACCUUCUGCCCACUUUCGUGGGCGCUGCCUCUGACUUCUCCUCAAACCAAACUCUCGAGUGGAAAGGCGCUUGCUUUUACAACAACACGGCUUGGAUGGAGUUCCACAACAAGACUGGCUCUGAAUUUGGUGGUGGCACCCUUCACAUCAAGGUUAGUAAAGCUCAUAGUUGGACAUGCAUGGAUAUUUAUGUCUUUGCAACUCCAUACCGCGUGACAUGGGAUUACUAUUUUCUAUCUCGGGAGCAUACAUUUGACUUUAAAGAGUGGACAGGAAAAGCUGAGUUCGAAUAUGUGAAAAACAAGGGAGUUUCGAUUUUCCUUAUGCAUGCGGGGAUGCUGGGAACUCUUCAAGCAUUAUGGGAUGUCUUCCCCUUAUUUACAAAUACUGGAUGGGGCGAGAACUCUAAUCUAGGGUUUCUCGAGAAGCACAUGGGAGCUUCCUUUGUACAGCGCCCUCAACCCUGGGUAACAAACGUCAGUGUCGAUGAUAUUCACUCUGGAGACUUCCUUGCAAUAUCCAAAAUUCGUGGCCGAUGGGGUGGUUUUGAGACUUUGGAGAAGUGGGUCAGUGGAUCAUAUGCUGGUCAUACUGCAGUUUGCUUAAAGGACUCUGAAGGAAAGUUAUGGGUUGGUGAAUCAGGGCACGAAAAUGAAAAGGGAGAAGAUAUAAUUGCUAUAUUACCAUGGGAAGACUGGUGGGACUUUGAGCUGAAUAAAGAUGAUUCCAAUCCCCAAAUUGCACUGCUUCCAUUGCAUCCUGAAAUAAGAGCAAAGUUUAAUGAGACUGCUGCGUGGGAGUAUGCACGGAGCAUGGAUGGGAAACCUUAUGGUUAUCAUAACAUGAUAUUUAGUUGGAUAGACACUAUUGAUGAGAACUAUCCACCUCCCUUGGAUGCUCAUCUGGUUGCUUCGGUUAUGACUGUUUGGAAUCAAAUACAGCCUGCAUAUGCUGCUAACAUGUGGAAUGAAGCCUUAAACAUACGACUUGGAAGUCAGAACCUUAGUCUUCCUGAAGUUCUAGUAGAAAUUGAAAAGCGUGGGUCAUCUUUUGAUGAGUUGCUGACUAUUCCCGAACAAGAUGAUUGGCUAUACAAUGAUGGGAAGUCAACAUCAUGUGUUGCUUUCAUUCUUGAAAUGUACAAGGAGGCAGGACUCUUUGAUCCAAUUGCUAGCUCUAUUCAAGUCACAGAGUUUACGAUAAAAGAUGCCUAUAUGCUCAACUUUUUUGAGAAUAAUUCAAGCCGCCUCCCAAAGUGGUGCAAUGACGAAGACAAUGUGAAGCUCCCUUUUUGUCAAAUUCGAGGGAAGUAUCGAAUGGAGUUACCUGGAUACAAUUCCAUGGAACCAUAUGCACAUAUGAAUGAAAGAUGUCCAUCUCUGCCUCCCAAAUACUUCAGACCACAGAAUUGCUAGAAGUCUCUGAUUUUUUUUUUCACUCAGGAAGUUUUAUACACAUUGAUGACAUCACGCCAGGCUCCAGCUCGGUUGGUUGUACUCUGUAUUGUAUGGUUUGAUAUGGUGGUAUGAAAGAUCCAAAUUAAAUGUUUUUGGAUUUCUGUUGUAAAUAUGGUGAUUGGACAUUACCAAUGCAAUAUGAUGUCAACUAAAUUAUUUUUUGCUCUGUGCCAAACAUGCCUACUAAAAUUGUUUUAAAAUAUACGUCAGUGCAAGAAGAUGAAGAGAAAUAUUCUUAGUGUUA